UCGGUGCGUAAACAUCGAUGCGUGAUAAGUGCGCAUCGAGUACGGAUACACGUUGCCGGAGUAAAGAACGGCGCGCGGGAUCAACAUGUGACGUUUUAUAGAAAUAAACAAUAACGAUGAUCAAAGAAUUAAUGAUCUAUCGGCAAGUAAAAAAAUUUGAACCUUUUUGAAAACAGUUGUUUCGUCUUUAUUUAUUUUACGGAAAACAUGAGAUUGUUAUAACAUACCAAAGAUGGAGAAUCAAGGUUUCGAGGAAGAACAGCAAUCACGAGAGAUUUCGAACGCGGAUACCCACGUGUACGAGGAUAUUUUGCCUGGCGCGGAGGAUAUCUCGACGCAUACGCCAUCUCGACUUUCGAACGAAAAUCGUGCUCAACGAUAUUUCGUGUCGGGAGAUCGCGGCACGUCGACGAGAUCGUUGGACAGGCGAGAAGAGAUCGCCGGUGUCUUCGAGCGCAACUCGACGCUUCCGUUUCGGCGGAGUGCAGGCCUUGAUCCAUCUACCGGCACCAGCUCUUCUGUCCGCGUGACGAAUCGGAAGAGGAACAACGGGUGUCGAGAGGAUACGGAUGUCGCGUGGAAUACCUUCGUCGACGAUGCUCUCUCGUCUCGAGCACGGUCGACCGCUCUCCAAACAGACUCUAGACGUCCGAACAGAAGGCGCAGGAAGAAAGACUGCAAGCAUUGUAGAAGCAAAGUUGCCGCGUUCAUCGAUGGCGAACAGCGCCAAGUCGGCGAAAGAGAAAACGAAACCGUUGUGAAAGAGCAACAGCAACGUUUGCAAGUAUCCAAUGAUCCGCAAACUAUCCUCGAUCCGUGCAAUUUCGCUAUGCUGCCUGCUUGUUCGCCGAACGGCAACGCGAACGAGUUAACGGGUAACGAUUCGUCCUCUGUGUUCACGAUAUCCGAGAAAAUCGGAAAAGGAUCACCGGUAAAUUUGAUCGAAAGAAAGGAUGGUUGCACGAAUCUUGCCAAACCCACGGUGAUUAACGAAGACAACAACGCUCUGAUCAGAUCAGAGAAAAGUCGGUUAAGUUUGAGAGUGAAUUCCAUAUAUUCUCAAGAACGUUGGUAUACUAAGGGGGCAUCGAUAUUCUGCACGGAUGUUAAACAACAUGGUACAUUUCAGAGGGCUUACUCCCUCCCGGCUCGAACGCACACCCCGUCCUCCCAAAAUCGCAUUAACUUACGACGCUGUGUCAGAAGAGAACCACCUCCGCAUCCGGCCAGACUUCGAAAGCACAGACACGGUUGGACCCUGCAUCUGGAGCAUCCUCUCGAGGCUUCCAAAUGCACCAGAUCCCUCGUUCUGUUAAUCGUGUUGCUUUUGGGCGUCGGUGCUGUCGCUCUGUAUAUUGCUCUUGAACCGGAAAAGUUGCAGGUAAUUCAACAGUACCUGAAAUCUUCGACUAAUAACUCGUCGUCGAGUAAUAACACCGAACAACAGAAUGAAACAACGACCACGACGUCAUCAACGAAAUCAUCGCAAUUCUCACCUGCCACCAGCCCAAGUAUUCUUUUAAACAGUAACUCGUCAUUUCCGGAGAGCCAUACUCGACCAACAUCGGAAGCGGAAACGGAAGUUACGAGCCCUAUCGAAUCGAAUCUCAAUUCCACCAGAUACUGCGACGAUUGCUUGCCAAAAGAGGUUUGCGUUGCUCUUGUCGACGAGGAAGUACCGAUUUGCAGGAUACCCAACGAUCCCAAAGAUCCAACCGGAUGUGCCGGUUUCUGUCUUAUCAACAAACAAAAAUGUCAUCGUCUUGAUACCGAUGCUUUUAGAUGCGUUGAAAUGGAACAUUAUUGCCUGGACAACGAAUGGGCUUGUCUAAAUACGUUAUGCAUCCCUCUCGAGAAACAUUGCGAUGGACACAUGAAUUGCUAUGAUCAUUCAGACGAAUACAAUUGCGAUUGCGAUUUGCAGACACAUUUUCAAUGUGGUAACGAGACUUCCUGUCUUCCAUUGGAAAGAAGAUGUGACGGCAAGAUAGAUUGCUGGGACGCAGCCGACGAGAUUAAUUGUACUCUAGGUCAUAAUCUCGGUGGGUCGUGUCCCUCGGAAAACGAGUUCACGUGCAGCAAUGGACAGUGCAUAUCAAAAGCUCGCUUCUGCGAUAGCCUACCAGAUUGUCUCGAUGGAUCUGACGAACCUCAUGGAUGCCAAGGACGAUGCAAUAAACACGAAUUCACAUGCCAAAACAAUAGAUGCAUUACGAAAGGAAUGAAGUGCAACGGGAUCGAUGAUUGCGGUGAUGGAAGCGAUGAGAGGCAUUGCAAGGAUCGAUUCUCUUAAUUUUACGUAAUAUCUGAUUGAAGAUAUUUUUUUACAUUGCGUUACAGUAUUUUUGUUACGGAUUAAUGUAAUUAAACGUUGUACAUAACUGUAUAAACGUGCAAUGGUACGGAAUAAACAUUUCACGAAUAAAAUACGUAACAUUAGAGUGUAAUUAGGAAACAAUAUAUUUUAUUAUUGUAUCAUAUGAUAGAUUACAAAUACAUUUUUACUGCAAUCUA